CUGAAAAAGCUAUUCCCGCCCCCUUCACCGUUCUUUUUCUUUCUGUCUCUUCUUUAAUCUAUGCAACACAAAUUCAAACAAGCAGACUACUGUGCUAACUGCAUAUACCAAGGGCAAGGAAAUUCCUUCGCAAUAAACAAUAGCUGUCUUGUAUCUCUUUCGCUGUAACUAGGCAAGGUCAGUCCCGCUGCGGCAGCAGCUACGGAGACUGGAAAAGACUCCCGCCUCCAGCUCCACUAUGCGUGCAGAACUCAGCUGCUGCUCAUCAAGAAGAGUCGGCCAUCCCCAUCAGCGCUACUGAACUCAAGCUAAAGGAGCCGUCCAAAUCCAUGCUGGUGCUGAACCGAGCAAGAGCAACACAGUUGGAAAAGCUGUCCAUCCCUGCCGUGGUGCUGAACUCAGCAACAUCAGCGCAGCAAGAAGCUGUCCACCCUGCGGAGGUGCUGAAAUCUGACUCCCCUCCGACAUCUUUCCAGCUGCAAGAACAGCAGCGGGAAGUGACAGCGGCUACUGUGGAACAUGGAAGGAAAGGGAACCUGCAAUUGCAGCAGCAAUAAGCCUGGCUGCACCUCGCUGCAUUUGUGCUGAUCGGUUCCAUCACACCCCACUCUGCUGUUUUGACACAAAGCAACCCGCAGCCAUGGAAGAGGAGCUAAAAUGUCCCGUGUGCGGUUCGCUCUUCCGGGAGCCCAUCAUCUUGCCCUGCUCGCACAACGUCUGCCUGCCCUGCGCCCGAACCAUCGCCGUGCAAACGCCAGAGACCGAGCAGCAUCUGCCCGCCAUGCUGCACCCUCGGGGCCCUACGGCGGCACCAGGAGCCGCGGCAGUUGCCUCCGGACCAGCCUCUCUUGACUAUGACUGCGGGGCCGGAGGUGGUGGUGGAGCCGGGGGAGGUGGAGGAGGUGGCGUGGAUCAUGCGGACAAGCUUAGCUUGCACAGCGAGACUGACAGCGGCUACGGCUCCUACACCCCGAGCCUUAAGUCUCCUAACGGGGUGCGGGUUUUGCCGUUGGUGCCGCCUCCUCCGGGUUCCUCGGCUGCGGCCGCCGCAGCGACUCCUCGGGGAGGAGGCACCAGCUCUUCGCUGACUUGCCCGCAAUGCCAUCGCAGCGCCUCGCUGGACCAUCGCGGCCUACGCGGCUUCCAGCGCAACCGGCUCUUGGAAUCCAUCGUGCAGCGCUACCAGCAAGGCCGGGCCGCUGCCUCGGCCGCCGCCAAGUGCCAGCUGUGCGACCGCAGCCCUCCUGAAGCGGCCGCCGUCAUGUGCGAGCAGUGCGAGGUGCUCUACUGCGCGGCUUGCCAGGUCAAGUGCCACCCGUCCCGGGGUCCCUUUGCCAAACACCGCUUGGUCCCUCCGCCCAGCCAGGAGGGAGCCCCAAGCAGCGCGAGUGGAGCAGGCGGCGGCGGCGGCGGGAGCAAGGCGCCAGGGGCUGCCCGCAAGCCACCAACCUGCGCGGAUCAUGAGCUGGAGAACUAUAGCAUGUACUGUGUGACCUGCCAGACCCCAGUCUGCUACCAGUGCCUGGAAGAAGGCAAGCACGCCAAGCACGAAGUGAAGCCUUUGGGAGCCAUGUGGAAGCAGCACAAGGCACAACUGUCUCAGGCUUUAAAUGGCAUUUCAGAUAAAGCAAAGGAAGCAAAAGAAUUUCUGGUUCAGCUGAAAAAUAUAUUACAGCAAAUACAGGAAAAUGGCUUGGACUAUGAAGCCUGUCUGGUUGCUCAGUGUGAUGCCUUAGUUGAUGCUUUGACUCGUCAGAAGGCAAAACUGCUCACAAAAGUUACCAAAGAGCGUGAACACAAGCUAAAGGUUGUUUGGGACCAGAUAAACCACUGUACUCUGAAACUGCGCCAGUCAACAGGGCUUAUGGAAUAUUGUCUUGAAGUCAUCAAAGAAAAUGACCCAUCUGGGUUUUUGCAGAUUUCAGAUGCUUUAAUCAAACGUGUUCAGGUGUCUCAGGAGCAGUGGAUCAAAGGAGCUCUGGAGCCAAAAGUAUCUGCUGAAUUUGAUCUGACUUUGGAUAGCGAACCAUUGUUGCAGUCAAUUCAUCAGCUGGACUUCAUUCAGAUGAAAUUUCCUAUUUCAGUGCCGCCAGUUCCACUCCUGCAGCUGGAGAAGUGCUGCACUCGAAACAACAGUGUGACCCUAGCCUGGAGGAUGCCACCUUUUAGCCAUAACCCAGUGGAGGGUUAUAUCUUGGAACUUGAUGACGGAGAUGGUGGCCAAUUCCGAGAAGUGUAUGUUGGUAAAGAGACUCUAUGCACUAUUGAUGGCCUUCAUUUCAACAGUACAUACAAUGCAAGAGUCAAAGCUUUUAAUUCAUCAGGAGUGGGCCCUUAUAGCAAGACUGUUGUUUUACAGACUUCUGAUGUUGCGUGGUUUACAUUUGACCCCUCUUCAGCCCAUAGGGACAUAGUCCUUUCAAAUGACAACCAGACUGCUACCUGCAGUAGCUAUGAUGACCGUGUUGUUCUGGGUACAGCAGCUUUCUCAAAGGGAGUCCACUAUUGGGAACUGCAUGUAGACCGUUACGAUAAUCAUCCAGAUCCAGCCUUUGGAAUUGCUAGAAUUAACGUUGUCAAGGACAUGAUGCUAGGAAAGGAUGACAAGGCAUGGGCUAUGUAUGUUGACAACAACCGCAGCUGGUUCAUGCACUGCAACUCUCAUACCAAUCGGACAGAAGGGGGUGUUUCUAAAGGUGCAACUGUAGGUGUUCUUCUGGACCUCAACAAGCACACCCUGACCUUUUACAUAAAUGGGCAACAGCAGGGACCUCCAGCAUUUGAAAACGUGGAGGGCGUCUUCAUGCCUGCAUUAAGCCUCAACCGAAAUGUGCAGGUGACUCUGCACACAGGACUUGAGGUACCUCAGACUGUAAGACCACCAAAGCUGUCGAGCAAUUGAGCUCCUAUUCUGUCAACCUGAGCUGGAUUUUAUAAUCUUUCUUAAUAUAUUUUGGCAUACAUCAGUUCAAAAGCAUUAAUCAUUUAGAGCAAAAUCAGAAUUUGUUAUUAGAGUGAGGUCGCUCAAUAAUAAUAUUUUUUGUCUACAUGCCUUUUAAUGUUCCAGUGUUCCAAGAGUGCUUAUAUCACCGAGCUUCCUGUGCAUUAUCAGUGUAUAAAACCUGAUUGGUCUGCCCAUCUAAAGACAAUCAAAUAAGUGAAAAUUUCAAAAAUGCCUCAUUUUCCUUUUCAUGAAUUUUACCUUCAGCCACAUGCCAGAGAAAGUUGAUCGUACUUAAUCACCAUUAGUUAGAAUGGGAGUUAAUCACUUGUAACCUUCUCCGGAUUAAAUCCAUUGUGGGUACAUUUUGUUCCAUCCUGAGCUCCAGUUGUGAUGUACUAGUGUGGAUGAUCUUAGCCUACAUAGUAUAAGGACUGUUUGGGGAGUUUGGAUAGAGGGGAUCCUGUCCCACUAGCAGGCAUUUGAACAAAGUGUCCACUGAGCCAUUCUUCAAAUUUUGGCAUGAAGAAACAGGAAUAAAAUGGAUUGCAGUCUGAUUGAGGUCAGUAGCAUAAUUCUCACUGAUUCCACUGUGAACAAGGAUUUAAUUUUUAAAGCAAUAUAUGCUCCAGUCCUCAGGUCACUUAUUCCAGAGUAGUUCUAGUAGUAGAUCUCUGCGCUGGUGCAUCUGCUUGCCGCACUUAAGAUUCAUGUAGCACUGCUGCAACUUCACAUUUUGUGACUUUGUGCUUUCACGUUUGGAGAUAUGGAUCAAUUAAGCAUAGAUCCCAUAUCAAUUCAGAUCCUUAACAUGUUGAUGUGAUUCUAUAUCCUCUUCUUUUACCUAUGCCACCCCAGCCCUUCUACUCGUUAUUUUGAUUUAUUUCUUUGUUUGUUUAACAGGAUUUAUAUACUGAUUGAUCAUCAAAACCUAUUAGCCAGGUGCAGGAAACCUUUAACCUUCCAGAUGUUGCUGAACUACAACUCCCUUCAUCCCUAGUCAUAGGCCGUGCUUCCUGGGGCUGAUGGAAAUUAUAGUUCAGUAACAUCUGGAGGGCCAAAGUGAUAUACCAUUCAUAUUGUGCAUCUUCUUUCUAGAAGAUGAACUUCUUAUUCAAUUUAUUGGAUUAUUCCUAUAUCAGGUAAACUCAAAUUUACAGGGAAAAGCACUGAGAUUGGUGUUGUUUGAGGGUAACAUGUGGAAUACACAAAUUAAAUGGGAACACAAACACACGGUGAAAUCCGGUGUGGACAAGCCCUUAAUGUCAUGUCUAGUUUGGCUCUGAGUGAUCAGGUUUGAACCAUCUUUCCUGGCUUCAUAAAACAUCAUCUAAUGAAGCCAGGAAUGAGUGUCAGCAUCGAGUGAUUGUUCCUUCUUUACCCCUUCUCUCUUUAUGCCACUUUCAGCACUUAAUUCUUGGCUUUUAUUAAGUCAGAGUUCCCUGUCUGAACCAGGGAACUCUGGUUUAAUCUCAGUUAGUUAACCAGGAAGUAAACCUGUUUAGUUAACUGAGAUUAAGCCACAGUUCCUUCUGAAGCUGACACUCAAGAGGAAGAGGAAGGAGCACCCAGUUCUGAUGCUUGUUCUGGACUUCAUGAAUCAUGAUUUAUGAUCCCAGGAAAAAUUGUCUGAAUCUGCCAUUAGCUAACAAAUGUUCCAGUCUGUAGUGAAAGUAUCAUCAACAUCAUGCAGCCAUUACUUUAGUUUUCCUCUCAGUAAAGUAUGCCAUGGGAAGACUCUGACACCCAAAUGAGUUACUUAAAGAAGCAUCCAGGUACCAUAAUUUAGGAGCUA